AUGAGGAACAGGGCUAGCACAUCUCUCGCUAAGGCGAAAAUCCGUCAAUCAUGGAGCAAGUACAAUCUGUAUAAUAUGCAACGGUUCCGCAACCCUGGCGCCGUCAACCGCACAUUCUUCCAACAAAAAUGGACAGCCAAGGCUCUCUCUCGUGCUUACCAUGGUGAGCAGGUCCGCGAGGGCCAGUGGAAGCGCAUGUUCUCGAAACGCAUCCGCAGCGUCAUCCCCAUGAACACCAACGACCUCGCAGCCGACGAUGGAUCCAAGGCGUCUGCCGGUCGUGGCUCAGGACUUGAGAAGGCUGAGAAAGGGAUCACCAAGCGCCUCACUCCCUAUACUCAGAUGGCAUUUGCUCCCCUGGAGCGCCGAUUGGAUGUUGCUAUCUUUCGUUCUCUGUUCGCCAGCAGUACUCGCCAGGCGCGGCAGUUUGUCAUUCACGGUGCAGUUACAGUCAAUGGACACAAGAUGAGACACCCCAGCUACCUCCUCAACCCCGGUGACCUCUUCCAAGUCGACCCCGAGCGUGUUAUGUUCGCAACCGGUGCCCCGAAGACCAAGUUCGAGCGCCGGGAGACCCGGCUGCUUAAGCAGAAGGCGGAAGAAACAGAGGGCGAAACGGAAGAGGCGAAGGAAGAGGCUGUGGAGAAGGAGGACAAGCCGGAGAAUACCAAAGAUACUCUCAAGGCAUUGAUGGCACAGGCCAAGAACAUCAUGUCUAAGGACAAGGACAUCCUCCCGGCCAAGCGCAAGCAGGAGCUGCGCGGAUUCCAGAAGGCAGUGCGCCGUGUUCUAUCUCGCUCAGAAACCAGCACCGUCCUCACCGACAACCUCGAAACCCAAUUCUCAGAACUGACUCUGCUGCUGAAGGCCAAGCGUGCCGAAAAGACUCCCAAGGAAGCAAAGAAGGAUAAGAAGGGGUCCACCGAGGAGAAAGCCGUGGUCGAGGAAUCAGAAGGUGCUAGCGACGCACUUUCGGAGGCCUUCAAGUCCGCUGCCCAAGGCGGCGAAGUCGACACCUCCGAGCUAUCCGAUGAGGAAUUCGACGUUCUCAAGCGCGCCCUUACCCAGAUGCGCGACAACCCUAUUGACCACAGCAAAACCUACGCCACACCCUGGCGUCCCCGCGACUAUAUGUCCGCCUUCUCCUUCAUCCGCGCUACCUCGAAGUCAACCAGAACAUUUGUGCGGCCGUGUAUCUGCGCCACCCCGUGGCCCGACCUGGAUACGCUGAGGUGCCCACACCCUUUGGUGAGGCAGUCAGCACCCCGGCCUACGGCUGGUACCUGA